GGGUGACACAAGGAGGCCCUCAGUGGUAGGCAGCGGCACAUCUUUACACGAUGGGCAGCAAACGGAAGAAGAAGGGAGAGGCAGGGGAGGCCAAGCGGUACAUCACAAGGAAUGCCGCCGUCAAGAAGCUUCAGCUCUCCCUCAGGGACUUCAGGCGGCUGUGCAUCCUCAAAGGGAUUUACCCGCGGGAGCCCAACAACCGGCGGAAGGCCCAGAAAGGCGACUCCACCAUCAAAACUCUCUACUACAUGAAGGACAUCCAGUUCCUCCUGCACGAACCCAUCAUAUGGAAGUUCCGUGAGCACAGGGCAUUCACCAAGAAGAUCAAGCACGCCAAAGGGAAGAAGGACCGGGGCAAGGUGCAGGCCAUGAUGCGCAACAAGCCCAUGUACCGGCUGGACCACAUCGUGCGAGAACGUUACCCGACCUUCACCCAUGCACUCAGGGACCUGGAUGACCCCCUCACCUUGUGUUUCCUCUUUGCCAAGCUUCCCCAGAUUCAACGAACAACGCUAAGUAUGGUCAACAUGUCUCGUCGCCUCACCCUGGAGUUCAUGCUGUAUGUCAUCGAGGCCCAGGCGCUGCGCAAGGUCUUCAUCACCAUCAAGGGCUACUACUACCAGGUGGAGAUCAUGGGCCAGACUAUCACCUGGAUCGCGCCUCACCCCUUCACCCCGCAGACCACCACCGGCGUUGACUUCCGCAUCAUGAGGGUGUUCGUGGAGUUCUACAUCACCCUCCUCGGCUUCACCAACUUCCGCCUCUACCACAACCUCAACCUCCACUACCCCCCCAAGCUGCCCCACGCAGACCUCAAGGAAGAGAUGGAGGAGGUUGGAGGAGACCCAGAUCGCCUUGCCUCUCUUAAUUUUCCCCUCAAGAGGAACAAAGUGGAGGACAACGAGGAAGAAACCAUUGACACACACCUGCUGGAGGAGGAUGCUAACCGGCUGCAGGAGGCAAGGGAGGAGGAGAAGAAGAAAAAGAAGCAGCAGAACCUCUUCAAGGGGCUGAAAUUCUUCCUGAACCGAGAGACCAACAUUGAGUCUCUCACCUUCAUCAUCAGGGCAUGUCGGGGCGAGGUAUCUUGGGAUGAGAGCACAGCAGACGGCAGCACCUACCCUGUGACAGACGAGACCAUCACACACGAGAUUGUAGACCGGCCUGACCCCCAGCAGCCCUACCUCUCCAGGUACUACAUACAGCCCCAGUGGGUCUACGAUUGCAUCAACGCCCGCCUUCUGCUGCCUGUCCAGGACUACUUCCCCAGCGCUACCCUGCCACCACAUCUCUCUCCAUUUGACAUCGAGACAGAUAUUUACGUGCCGCCAGAGAAGAAGGAGUUGGAGGCCCGGCAGAAGGGUGAGAUACCUGAGGAUCAGAUGCCACAGCGCCAGGAUGAAAGCUCAGACUCCGAAGACGAGAAUGAAGGAAGCAAGAAGAAGAAGAAGGGUGGCGACCAGAAUGUCCGGCCUCUGGAGUCCUUUGAAGUUAGGAAGAAAAAGAAGGAGAGAAGGAAGAAGCGUUUAGAAGAGGCUGCAGCCCUGGAGAAAGGCGAGGAAACCACACCAGAAGGAAAGAAUCCAGAGGCAGAGCCCAUGGAGACAGGAGAGGGAGCAGACACAGAGGGGAAGGUGAAUGGAAAAGAAGCAGUGCCAGAGGAAGGAGGAAAGGGAGGAGAAACACAAGAACAAAACGAAAAGGAGAAUGGCACAGAGGAAGAAAAGGUAGCAAAGAAAAUGGGUGUUCACCGGGGGCGAGUGCACAAGAUCAGUCCCAAGGCAACGGAAAAGCAGGAGCUGGAGGAGCAGAAGCUGGCCAUCAUGAUGAUCCCACGGAAGAAGAAGAAAGUGUUCCACAUGCUGCGCCGAAGAGAGAAGCGGAAGGAGUCCAGUGCAAAGAGGCUGACCAACAAGCGCCGCGCCCUGGACCAUGAGAAGGAGAAGACAAAGAAGGCACAGAAAGCAGCGGCAAAAGCGUCGGGAUAAACAGCAAAUUAAUAGAAGUUUGAGCAGUGUUUUUAGCAGCAGAUGUGGGAGGGGCUAGGGGGGAAGAGGGGAUUGGUAUAUUGUUGUCUUGUUUUGAAUAAUUAAUUUCUAUAUGCCUAAGUAAGUAAGUUUAUCAGUAAUAACUUCUGUAUAUCAAUAGACCAGCAGACUCAUCACUCAUUUAAUCAUCAAUGACCACAUCUAUUCAUCAGUUUUGUAUAUCAAGACACUAGAAUAUCAAAUUUUCAUAUUCUCAAAAUUUUAAAUCAUGAAACAUUGAAUAUCAGCAAGGUUAUAAGUGAGCAGGUUGUCAGACCAGCAUGGAGCCAGUGGGACCAUCAGUAAAAACAAGAAGCCUCACCUAACACUGCAGGCUCUCCACAAGUAAUAUGAAAGGUUCCAUGUUUGCCUUCCUUAAGGAGCCCAACACAUAACAAAUGGAAGCUGCUUGAAAGCUCACAUAUAUGAGGGCUCUUAGAUGUUAUUGAAUACAUGUCUCAUUUUGGUCUUGUACAUUUCAGGAUUGAAUGUGAUAUAAUCAUGUAUAUAAGGAUAGAGCCCUUGUAGAAACCAGAAUGUGGUGGAAAGAUCUAUUAAAAGUGAAAUGAAG